UCUGCCACUCUACAGGCAGGCAGGCAGGCAGUCAGGCAGACACACUGCACUGGUGUGUCAUAUCUUAUCUCUCAUCUCGUACAGUUAUAGAAACUGGGACCUGAUCAAAGAUACUGCCAUCCAUCUGAAUCCUGGCUGCUAAACAGAAAAAGAAGGGAGGGAGAAAAAGAUAGUGGUAAGGGAGGGAAUUGAGGGGGAAAUGUUUCCAGUGCUGUAAAGAGGUAAGAGGGAAGGCUGCAGAGAAGUGUGGGCUGGGUUAAACCGACACUUAAAAAGAAGCUCUCUUCGGCUUCUGUGCAUUUCACCAGCAGGCAAGCUGGGAUGCUAAGAAGGGAGCAGUGAGGGAGUAGAGGAGACAACAGCUCCGGGGGGAAGGUGUACUCUCAAUUCACUGGAGCAAGUGUAUUUUUAGCUCUUCCUUCCAACUCUUUCACUUUACAGUUUUUCUUCUCCACUCUCUCUUUGGUGGAGGCUAGCCAUGGGCAAUGGCGUGGAUUGGUUUCUGUGGUCAGUGCUGCUGCUGCUGCCAGUGUUGGGACUCUCUGAGGCUCUGCCAGCAAGCUUGCAGCCAGGAGAAUAUCAGAACACCACAGCUGAUGCACUGAAGUUCCUAAGCGACUACAACAGCACUGCUGAGGAGGUGUUAUACACCAGCGUCUUGGCCAGCUGGAACUACAACACCAACAUCACAGACCACAACUCCCAGCUUCAGGUAAAUGCAUCCCUUGAGGAGCAGGCCUUCGCCUCAGCGUGGGGGUUGAAGGCCAAGCAGGUCUUCAGUAGUGAUCUUCUCAACUCUCUCCCUGACCCUUCAGACAAGAAACUGAUGGAAAAGAUCAUGAUACUGGGAGUUGCCAACCUGCUACCGAAAGAAAGAGAGGAGUAUAACACAAUUCUUAGUACCAUGGACAAUAUUUAUUCAACGGCCAAGGUGCAUCCAGAACCGAACAUAAGCUGGAGCCUGGAACCACAUCUCACAGAUAUCAUGGCCAACUCCAGGAGCUACAAGAGGCUGCUGUACGUGUGGGAGGGCUGGCACAAUGCAUCAGGUGUACCUCUCAGGCAGUACUACCCCAAAUUUGUGGAGCUCAGCAAUAAAGGUUCUCAAGCUGAUGGGUUUGAAGACACUGGAGCUGACUGGCGCUCUUGGUACGAAUCUACGACCUUUGAGAACGAUAUAGAGGAACUCUAUAGGACCAUUGAACCCCUCUACAAGAACCUGCAUGCCUUUGUGCGCCGCAAGCUCUACAACCAGUACGGUCCCAAGUACAUCAACCUUAAAGGACCCAUCCCUGCCCACCUGCUAGGAAAUAUGUGGGCCCAGACCUGGAACAAUAUUUAUGGUAUGAUGAUCCCAUUUCCUGACAAACCCAACUUGGAUGUGACUGAUGAAAUGGUCAAUCAAGGCUAUAAUGCCACGCACAUGUUUCGUGUGGCUGAGGAGUUCUUCACGUCUCUGAAUUUAGAGAAGAUGCCUGAGGAGUUCUGGGCCGAAUCCAUGCUGGUGAAGCCUGAUGGUCGCGAGGUGGUGUGCCAUGCGUCUGCCUGGGACUUUUACAACCGCAAAGACUUCAGGAUCAAGCAGUGCACCACAGUAACGAUGGAGCAGCUCUUUACCGUACACCAUGAGAUGGGGCACAUCCAAUAUUACCUGCAGUACAAAGACCAGCCUGUGGGCUACCGUCGUGGAGCCAACCCUGGUUUUCACGAGGCUAUUGGCGAUGUUUUGUCUCUUUCUGUUUCUACACCCAAACAUCUGCAAGCCAUUAAACUUCUGAAAAAUGUGACCUCUGACCCUGAAACUGAUACCAACUACCUGUUAAAGAUGGCCCUGGAGAAGAUAGCCUUCCUUCCCUUUGGCUACCUCAUCGACCAGUGGAGAUGGGGUGUGUUUAGUCAAAACACACCACCAGAGCGGUACAACGCUGACUGGUGGUACCUCAGGACAAAAUAUCAAGGCAUCUGCCCACCCACCAGACGUACAGAGGAGCACUUUGAUCCUGGGGCCAAAUACCACAUCCCUGGAAACACGCCAUACAUCAGGUAUUUUGUCAGCUUCGUCCUGCAGUUCCAGCUUCAUGAAAAACUGUGCGCGGCAGCCAAACACACGGGUCCCUUGCACACAUGCGACAUCUACGGCUCCGCAGAAGCUGGGGCCAUUUUAAAGAAAAUUCUCGAGGCUGGCUCUUCUAAACCUUGGCCUGAUGUGCUUCAGGAGGCUAUUGGGACCAGAAAGAUGGAUGCCACCUCACUGAUGAAAUACUUUCAACCCAUAAUUACAUGGCUGGAAAAGCAAAAUGUGGGUGAGACAUUGGGAUGGCCUGACUUUAACUGGGUCCCACCCAUCCCUGAGGGCUACCCUGAAGAUAUAGACAAAAACACGGAUGAGCUUGAUGCAAAGAAAAUUCUGAAUGAGUACAACAGCACAGCUGAGGUGGUGUGGAACGCCUACACUGAGGCCUCCUGGAAGUACAACACAGACAUCAACGAAGCCAAUAAGCAGGCAAUGCUUGAGAAGAACCUUGAGAUGUCAGCCCACACCCUGAAGUAUGGACAGAAGGCCCGUCAGUACGACACCACUGACUUCCAGGACGGCUCGGUCAAACGCAUCAUCAAUAAACUCAGCGACAUUGAGAGGGCUGCACUGUCCACGGCAAAACUGGAAGAGUAUAACACUCUCCUAUCCAACAUGGAGACCAAGUACAGUGUGGCUCAGGUGUGCAAAGAGAAUGGGAAAUGCCAUCCGCUGGAUCCAGAUCUCCAGAAGAUCAUGGCAGAGUCCAGGGAUUAUGACGAACUGUUGUUUGCUUGGAAAGGAUGGAGAGAUGCUGCUGGCAAAGUGCUUCGCCAGGACUACAAGAAAUAUGUUGAACUGGCCAACGAAGCUGCCAAACUCAAUGGUCACUCUGACAAUGGGGCUUUCUGGCGCUCCCUGUAUGAAACCCCCAGCUUCGAGGAAGACCUGGAGGCUCUGUGGAGGGAGCUGGAACCACUCUAUCAGAAUGUGCACGCCUAUGUCCGCAGGGCUCUGUACAAAAAGUAUGGUUCCAAGCACAUCAACCUGAAGGGACCCAUUCCUGCUCAUUUGCUGGGCAACAUGUGGGCACAGACGUGGUCUGGCAUAAUGGAUUUGGCCAUGCCUUACCCAGAUGCCACGCAGGUUGACGCCACUCCUGCUAUGGUUUCACAGGGCUGGAACGCCACCAGAAUGUUCCAGGAAUCAGACAAAUUUUUCACCUCUCUGGGUCUGUUGCCAAUGCCACAAGAGUUCUGGGACAAAUCCAUGCUGGAGAAGCCGUCUGACGGACGCCAGGUGGUGUGCCACGCCUCUGCAUGGGACUUCUAUAACAAAAAAGACUUCAGGAUCAAACAGUGCACAGUUGUGACUAUGGAUGACCUGAUCACGGUGCAUCAUGAGAUGGGCCACGUCCAGUACUUCCUGCAGUACAAAGAUCAGCCCGUGUCCUUCCGUGAUGGAGCGAACCCAGGCUUCCAUGAGGCCAUUGGCGAUGUGUUAGCCCUGUCAGUGUCCACGCCCAAACAUCUGCAGAGCAUCGGCCUCCUGGACAAAGUUGAGAACAACGAUGAGAGUGAUAUCAACUUCCUCAUGAGCAUGGCGCUUGACAAGAUCGCCUUCCUACCUUUUGGCUACCUGAUGGAUCAGUGGAGAUGGAAAGUAUUUGACGGGCGCAUCCCAUCGGAUGAGUACAAUAAAGAAUGGUGGAACCUCAGAAUGAAGUACCAGGGACUGUGUCCACCUGUAACCCGUACUGAGGAUGACUUUGACCCAGGUGCAAAGUUCCACAUCCCUGCUAAUGUGCCAUACGUGAGGUACUUCGUUAGCUUCGUCAUCCAGUUUCAGUUCCACAAGUCUCUGUGUGAUGCUGCCAAGCAUGUUGGGCCUCUACAUACCUGCGAUAUCUACAAGUCUAAAGAAGCUGGGAAGCUGCUGGGUGAUGUGAUGAAGCUUGGCUUCAGUAAGCCCUGGCCCGAGGCUAUGACCAUGAUCACCGGCCAGCCCAAAAUGAGUGUCCAGCCUCUCAUGGAGUAUUUCAAACCUCUCAUUCAGUGGCUGGAGGAAGAAAACAACAAGAACAAUGAUGUUCGAGGGUGGCCUGAGUACGACUGGAAACCUUCAAGUGAAGCUGAGGCUCGAAUCCAGGAAGUGGACUUCCUGGGUAUGAGUGUGGACAGCGCAGCUGCCGUAGCUGGCCAGUGGGUCCUGUUGGUCCUUGGUGUGGUCCUCUUGGUGGCCACCAUCCUAUUGGCCUAUAAGUACAGGAGGUCAAAAAAGCCUGAAAAGUCCUUAUCAACGAUGGAGCUCAAGCAAAAGGACUAGUCAUCAGUGCCGCUAACAGCAGCUAGCACCUAUACCAUGUUCACCAUGAACGUCAGUGUUUUUUGUGCUGUAUAGUACAUCUGAUUUUUUGGUCUGCCUCCUUAUCUAGUCUUGUAUAUUUGUUGUAUACACUUGGAGUCAAAUUAUAUUUUUGCCUAUGCAAAAGAACAUUGCAGUUUUGUAAUUUAUUUGAAAUACUUGAAUGUUUAGAGAAGAAAUGUUUUAAAAUAAUGUUUUUAAAGUCAUUGAUUACAUUUUUAAUUAUUUGAUUUUGUUUCUUUUGUUGUUGAAUCUGCAUUUCUACAAUAAAGACAUUACAUAUU